ACCGCGGGCGCGCGCCCGCCCCUCUCUUGCAGAGCUGUUGCGCAGCCACUGGUACCUGUAUUGGGGAAACAUAGCGUACAAGCAAGACGCUCGCAGCCUCCGCGGCGAAAAUUCUUUCAUGUCAGAGACCGAGAACUCUUGCAGCCGUUUAUGUCAUCCCUUCUUCUCCAGACAGAAGAUACCAAAAAGUUGCAAUCAAAGAUCCUUUCAUCUUAUUGAUAAAGUCACUAAUAAGCCAAAAUGUCUGUCAACGUCAACCGCAGCGUUUCAGACCAGUUCUAUCGCUACAAGAUGCCCCGUUUGAUCGCCAAGGUUGAGGGCAAAGGAAAUGGAAUCAAGACAGUUAUAGUCAACAUGGUUGACGUUGCAAAGGCGCUUAAUCGGCCUCCAACGUAUCCCACCAAAUACUUUGGUUGUGAGCUGGGAGCACAGACCCAGUUUGAUGUAAAGAAUGACCGUUACAUUGUCAAUGGAUCUCAUGAGGCGAAUAAGCUGCAAGACAUGUUGGAUGGAUUCAUUAAAAAAUUUGUUCUCUGUCCUGAGUGUGAGAAUCCUGAAACAGAUCUGCAUGUGAAUCCGAAGAAGCAAACAAUAGGUAAUUCUUGUAAAGCCUGUGGCUAUCGAGGCAUGCUUGAUACACAUCAUAAACUCUGCACAUUCAUUCUCAAAAACCCACCUGAGAAUAGUGACAGUGGUACAGGAAAGAAAGAAAAGGAAAAGAAAAACAGAAAGGGCAAAGACAAGGAAAACGGCUCAGUAUCCAGCAGUGAGACGCCACCCCCACCACCCCCAAGUGAAAUGAGCCCUCCCCCUCGGGCUGUGGAAGAGGAGGAGGAUGACGACUGGGGGGAGGAUACAACUGAGGAGGCUCAGAGGCGCAGGAUGGAUGAGAUUAGCGACCACGCCAAAGUCCUGACGCUCAGUGACGAUCUGGAGAGAACCAUAGAGGAGCGUGUGAACAUCUUGUUUGAUUUUGUUAAGAAAAAGAAAGAAGAGGGCAUUAUUGACUCGUCUGACAAAGAAAUUGUUGCUGAAGCAGAAAGACUAGAUGUAAAAGCCAUGGGCCCUCUUGUUCUGACUGAAGUUCUUUUCAAUGAGAAGAUUAGAGAACAAAUUAAGAAAUACAGGCGCCAUUUCCUCAGAUUCUGUCACAACAACAAAAAAGCUCAGCGGUACCUUCUUCAUGGUUUGGAGUGUGUGGUGGCCAUGCAUCAAGCUCAGCUCCUCUCCAAGAUCCCGCAUAUCUUGAAGGAGAUGUAUGAUGCAGACCUUUUAGAAGAGGAGGUCAUCAUCAGCUGGUCAGAAAAGGCCUCUAAGAAGUACGUUUCAAAAGAACUUGCCAAAGAGAUUCGUGUCAAAGCGGAACCAUUUAUAAAAUGGUUGAAGGAGGCAGAGGAAGAAUCUUCUGGUGGUGAAGAUGAUGAAGAAGAUGAAAACAUUGAGGUGGUUUAUUCAAAAACUGCCAGUGUGCCGAAAGUUGAAACUGUGAAGUCUGACAACAAGGAUGACGACAUUGAUAUUGAUGCCAUUUAAAAGGAUGGGUGUGACCUAGCUAACAGUGUAAUACUGCAAAUUGUUCUCCAUUAUCCGCCAGAAGUGCAACAUGUACGUGCAGAAGCUAAAAUGGCUUAACAUCGUGCUACACUUUAUACUAAAAAUCUGUUACUGUGAGUGGUCUGUAACUAAGCCCAGUGAGACAUCUAGGGAGUCCAUACACAUCAGUGAGCAGAUGUAGUUUGCUUAUUUAUAGCAUGUUUCCUUUGAAAAAACUAGUGGUGGACACGUUUGGAUCACAUUUAUACAGUUAUAAAAAUAAAGAUUUGAUUUUGGUCACUCUUGAGAUUUUGGGCUCUGAAUGACACUAAGUAAUUGGCUCCUUUUUAAGACGUCACACCAUCAUUUGUGCUGAUUGGGUCCUGGAGCCUGGUAGGUUCUGCUCAGCCUGAGACCACCAGGAUGUUGAGCAGAGGGCAAACAUAGACUAACUUGCAGUCACACUCGCAGGCAUUCAGGGUGAGCACUCUGUUUGAUCACUAGCCCGCCAAAUUAGCAUACGGUAAUUCGGAAGCCAGUGCAGCAUCCUAGCUGAGAAGUAAAAGUGACCUGAGUGUCCUAUAAAUAAUUAAAGAGCAAAUUUUGAACCUUGGGAUUGUGGUUUUCCAGUUCAUGUAUAUUUACCCCAAUUUUGGUCUUCAGAGUCAGGUGCGUUGCACGUUGGAUGAGCGAGGGAAAUCACUAAUCUGCAAACAAGUGUUCUCUGUGUAUGUAGUGCUUAUUCUGAGAAAAUUGAGAUUUUUCAGGUGUGACUAAACUUAAUGAUUUUGGGGGAAACAGGUGCACUUAAUUUAGCAAGAGCUGAGCAUAGUUUCUCAGCUUUUAUCCUUAAGAUUUAAAUUAUAAUUUCAAAAUGUUUAUAUUGUAUCCUGUGUUGGGUUUUUCUCUUCCUCUGAUAUUAAGGUUUAUUCUUUAAUACCUUUUACUUUUGGACACAUAGCUUAGCCACUUUACAUUUUGGUUGCUAUUUUGUCAAAAUAAGUGUUAUUUUGUUAAGCUUGGACCCCUCCCCUCAUGUUUCAAUUAAAGAGAAAUGAAGUUAAAAAGCAUACUUUCAAGGCAGAGCCUUUAUUUUGGUGUAAGAAUUUGGGGAUUGUCUUCCACAGUAGGUUCAGCUGGGCACCUGAGGGGUCUGGAUGGUGGCCACUGAGUGUGGGUGACAAGGUAGUACCCAAGUGUGAAUUCCUUGCUUCCCAGUUAGCCGAUGUAAAUCCACUUGCUGGGGGUUCAGACCACGUUUGAGUAAUCUUUAAGAAAAUCUGCAUUUGUUUCUUCCCACAAAAAGUGAACUCUGGGAGUCGAGAGCACAUGUGGUUAAUUCUGUGUGGAGCACGGCUCACAUUAUCGCCUCCUGUUGCUUUGUGAUCCAUCUAGAUCUUAAUAACAAAUGUGUAUGUAAACAUUUUUCACAUUGAAAUUACAAGAUAUUUGAUAAAAAUAAAACCCUGUUAGCUUGCUGUUUUAAGGGAUUAAGACUUAAGGAUCUCAUGAAGAGAACUGCUCUCCAUUGACCUUUUGCCAGGUUCUGGUGAGUGGACCAGGAUCUGUUGGGGGUUGUGCCAGCCAGGACAGGGCACUCUUGGAAGUGCAUGUCGUGCAUUUUCCUUGGCAUCAGAUUGCUGCCUCGAGGCCCCCUUGUGUGCUCACCCCCCAGUGCCAGGAUGCUGAGGGCCUGCUUGCAGGCAGGACUGCAGCUUCCUCUUCGAAGGGAAGUGUGUCAUCUUUGAAACGCUGACUGGUUGGGGGCUUAAACCAGACACGGUCCAGGGCCGGACUUCAGUGGGCUUGGAGGUGGUUUUGUUUUGUUCACAGCUUAGCAUAAUAGAGUAAUCCUUUACUUUGUUCUAAUGGGUUGUCUUAAAUUUAUUUUCCUGUUUAAAACGGCUACAUUACUUGAUUAAAAUACUUAAAAAUUC